GGACCGACAGAUGCUCCAUCGUCUCUUCGUAUGACAACAUGAAUUCCAGACCUUCUUUGACUGAAGAUGAUUUCUCCUGUCCUGUGUGCUGUGACAUCUUCAGGGAGCCUUUACUCCUGGCCUGCUCCCACAGCAUCUGUAAGAGCUGCCUUAACACCUUCUGGCAGCAGAGAAGAGCUCUAGAGUGUCCUAUCUGCAGGACCGUGUCCUCCACCCCUGAGCCUCCGGUCAACAUCGUUUUGCACAACAUGUGUGAAGCGGUAAUGAAGGAGCGCAACCGGAGGAUGUCAGUGGAGAUGGAGGGUCUCUGCAGUAUACACCAUGAAGCUCUUACUCUGUUCUGUGUGAAGGAUCAGAGACCUAUUUGUACCAAGUGCAAGAACUCCAGAUUACACAGCAGGCACACUGUCAGCUCCAUACGGGAAGCAUCACAAGACCUCAAGCAAUUACUCCAGAUGAAAUUGAAGCCCUUACAUGAGAAGAUUAGACUCUAUGAGGACUUUAAACAAUCCUGUCUUAAUACUGGAGAUCACAUAAAGAAGCAGAGCCAAACCACAGAGGUAAUGAUCAGGAAGGAAUUUGAAAGGCUUCACCAAUUUCUCUGGGAUGAAGAGAAAGCUAGAAUAGCUGCACUGAGAGAGGAAGAAGAGCAGAGAAGUCAGGCGAUGAAGAGAAAGAUUGACAAGAUCACAAUUCAAAUAUCCAUCGUCUUGGACACCAUCAAGGCCAUUGAGAAGCAGACACAAGGAGACGAUUUGCUAUUUCUCCUGAACUACAAUACGUUACUAGAAAAAACUCAAGCUAAACUAGAAAAUCCAGAGAAGUUAUCUGGAGUUCUGAUCAAUGUGGCAAAGCAUCUGAGCAACCUGAGCUUCCAAGUGUCAGAGAAGAUACACAGCUUUGUACAAUACACCCCUGUCGCACUGGACCCCAACACUGCUCACGCAGGCCUGAUGGUCUCUGAUGAUCUAAUCACGGUGGCAUAUAAAGGCGAACUUCAGCAGGUUCCUGAUAACUCCGAGAGGUUUGAGGGUUAUGUGAGUGUCAUAGGCUCUGAGGGCUUUAAUUCAGGCACACACUGCUGGGAUGUUGAGGUUGGAAACAACACAGCCUGGGCCGUAGGAGUCAUCUCAGAGUCUGUGUGUAAGCACAGAGAGAACCUCUCACAGUUUGGCAUAUGGUACAUAGGUUUCUCUAAUGGCAAAUACGGUAAAGGAUACGCACCUGAGGUUCUGACCCCACUGCGAGUUAGCAAAGCAAUCCAGAGGAUCAGGGUUCAGGUGGACUUUGACAAAGGCAAGGUGAUCUUCACUGACUCAGCCCAGAACACCUGUCUGCACAUUUUCAAACAGACUUUCAGGGAAAGAGUUUUCCCUUAUUUUUACAGCCACUGUAAACUCCAUCCUCUGAGAAUAUUACCAGUAAAGUCUUCAAUGCCCAUUCAGAUAACAGUUAGAUAACACCAGACAGCACUAGACUCAGGAAGAAUUUAAAAUAAAGCUGUCUUACACACACACACACACAAACACACUAAUAUCCUCAUUCACACCUAGGGGCAAUUUAUUAUGAGAAGGCAUGCUGGUUUUGGCUAUACUAAACUGCCCCUAGGUGUGGAUGUGAGUGUGGAUGGUGCCCUGAGAUGGACUGGCAGUUCCGCCAGGAUGAAUUCUCCUGUCAUAAUCCAGUGAAUAAAAUAUAAAGGUGCCUUGCCUUUAUAAAAAUAUUUACCACAAUUGCUGUGAAACCCCUAAAUUAGUUAUUUCGGAACAUGACUACACAAUCAUAUUUUUAAUUUGCUAAUAAAGAAUCCCAUACCAUUAGAAACCUUUGUCUGUAGCCGAAAAUAUGGUCUUAAUUACAGCUCCCAAACCAUGUUCAUUUGUAAUCAUUAUAUAUUAAUAUGGGGUGCCAGAUUAUAACCUUUAUCAUGCCAGUCACAGUCUAAUAGCCAUAUGAUUCACACCCCAGAUUUAAAGUGACCAACAGGGAGAGUACCGAGUGCUUCUAUAUGAUGGGAUAUUCUUGUUGUUCUGAAUUAAUUUCAAAUAAAAAUAAAGAACCUUUUUGCACUGUGGGAUCUAUGUCUAAGCCUGAAACCUAUGACACUGCUUUAAUUUUGAUGAGCAAUCUUCUCAAAAAUCUGAUCAGAAUCAUAUCAAAUUAUUUUCAAGUUGAAGACAAAUCAUUCAAUCAAGUUUCAAUUAAGUGCCUUGUUACUGAAAUCUUUAGUUGCCUUGGUGGAGCAGUCGUUGGUUGUAACAUGACUUGUAAAUUGCUAACUUUUCUUGACUAUUUCUUCUUGAAUAAAGUGCUAAAGCCAG